GGUAACCUUCACUGUUUACCGCUGCAUCCGGUGCAGAUUGAAAGGAUGAGAAAGUCAACCAUUGCGCUACUGCUUGUGGGUGCUCUUUGCUUCCUGGCAACGCUGGACGUGGUAGAUGCUGAGAAGCAAAGAUCCAAUGCGAAGGAGUAUGAGCAGAACCGUGGUGGCAGUGGUGGUGGAAGAGAUGACGAUUGGGACAGAUAUGACGAUCGCAAAAAGGACAAGAAGAAAGUAGCAAGCUCGAAAAAUAACCAUGGCUGGUCGGAUGACGAAGAGGAUGACUACGAAUAUGAUCCACGCGGAGAUCGGGACAAAAACUCGAGAAACGGCCAUUCGAAUGGUAGAGGAAGCAAUAACAGAUACAGCAACAACGAUUCCAAAGGCAGGAAGGUAACAACAAAGAAACCAAAAGUGACAACGAAAAAACCGAAGCCGACGCCUCCUCCGCCAAAGCCAACGAAGAAACCAGCUCCAACAACGACUAAGCGUCCUGUAGUUACCAGGCCACCAGUAUUUCCCACUGUAGGCUCCACGGAACAUGCCACAUCAACAUCUACGGUACCGUCCACGUCUACAACUUCUACGACGACCACAACUACAACAACGACGACGGAAGCUCCCACGACUACAACAACGACAACAACUACCGAGGCACCCACUACAACGACAACUACCACAAUGCCGACUACUACCUCAACCUUCCGACCGGUAACAACGACCUCGGCUACAAGAACAACAACCAGCGAUCCGCUGUCCGGAUUCGAUUUCGGCAUGCUGGUCGAUGGGUUCGAUUGGGAUAGCAUUUUCGGGAGCAAACCCAUCGGCAGAUCUACGACGACGACCGUGAAGCCAAGGCUUCCUUCAUUGGGAUUAACGCCCGGUUUGCCUGUAAUCACACCCGGAGGUGGUCGUGGACCUGAACCUAGCAGAGGAGGACCAAGUCGUGGCAAUGCAGGCAACGGAAAUGGCGGAAGCAGUAACAACAAUGGUGGACGCGGUGGUGGCAGUGGCGGUAGAGUAUUUUAGAAAACCGGAAUGUUCAAUUGAUUUUGAAAAACGAACUGUCGAAUAAAAUUG